AUGGACACCGCCGAGGAAGGUAAUAUUUGUCGAGUAUGUCGGUCAGAGGGGACCCAGGAAAAGCCACUUUAUCAUCCUUGUGUUUGUACUGGCAGCAUCAAAUUUAUUCAUCAAGAGUGCUUACUACAGUGGCUAAAACACAGUCGAAAAGAAUACUGUGAAUUAUGCAAACACCGCUUUGCAUUUACGCCAAUCUACUCUCCAGACAUGCCAUCACGUCUUCCUGUUCAAGAUAUCUUUGCAGGGCUGGUCACCAGUAUUGGAACAGCCAUCAGAUACUGGUUCCACUACACACUGGUGGCCUUCGCGUGGCUUGGUGUUGUGCCUCUUACAGCAUGUCGCAUCUACAAGUGUUUAUUUACUGGCUCUGUGAGCUCUCUUCUUACGCUGCCGUUAGAUAUGCUUUCAACGCAGAACCUGCUUGCUGACUGCCUCCAGGGCUGUUUUGUGGUCACAUGCACUCUGUGUGCCUUCAUCAGUCUGGUGUGGCUCAGAGAGCAGAUCGUCCACGGUGGAGCCCCACAGUGGUUAGAGCAGAAUCAACCUCCUCUGGUCCCUAACCAGCCUGAUGGUCCUGCACGAGCUAAUGAGAAUCCAGCUGCUAAUGCUGCAGCCAAUGCUCAAGCUGCUGCAGAGGCUGCAGGCGCCCCCGCACAGGUCGGUCCCAACGAGCAGGCACUGGGACACCAGCACAGAGAAGAAGCUGAACCGGACGAGGAUGGUGGAGAGGACGAUGAUGAUGAUGAUGACGACGACGACGAUGAUGGUGAUGAAGAUGAAGAAGGAGAGGAAGAAGAAGGGAGAGAAGAGGAUGCUGCUGAUGCCAAUAAUGGAGGACAAGAAGAUUUGAACUGGAACGCCUUGGAGUGGGACAGAGCAGCAGAGGAGCUGACCUGGGAAAGGAUGCUGGGGCUUGAUGGCUCCCUAGUUUUCUUGGAGCACGUAUUCUGGGUGGUAUCUCUUAACACACUCUUCAUCCUGGUUUUUGCUUUUUGCCCAUAUCACAUUGGACAUUUUUCAGUAGUUGGACUGGGCUUUGAAGAUUAUGUUAAAGCGUCACAUUUUGAUGGCCUCGUCACAACGAUACUGGGAUAUAUUCUCCUGGCUGGAGCGCUUGUUGUCUGCCAUACAGUGGCUUCAUUAGUGAAGUUCCAGCGGUCCCGGCGUCUUCUAGGUGUCUGCUACAUUGUUAUCAAGGUGUCCCUGCUGGUUAUCAUGGAGAUAGGCCUGUUCCCGCUCAUAUGUGGUUGGUGGCUCGACAUUUGUUCACUGGAAAUGUUUGAUGCAACUCUGAAGGACAGGGAACAGAGUUUUGACUCUGCUCCUGGUACCACCAUGUUCCUUCACUGGCUUGUUGGCAUGGUCUACGUAUUUUACUUUGCUUCCUUCAUCCUUCUGCUUCGAGAGGUACUUCGACCAGGCGUUCUGUGGUUUUUGCGAAACCUGAACGAUCCAGACUUCAAUCCGGUGCAGGAGAUGAUACACCUUCCUAUCUACCGACACCUCAGGAGGUUUAUACUGUCAGUGGUGGUUUUUGGCUCAAUAGUUCUGCUGAUGCUUUGGCUUCCAAUCAGGAUUAUCAAGCUGCUCUUCCCAACUUUCCUUCCCUACAAUGUCAUGCUUUACAGUGAUGCUCCGGUCAGCGAGCUGUCUCUGGAGCUGCUGCUGCUUCAGGUGGUUCUGCCAGCGUUGUUGGAGCAGGGCCACACUCGCCAGUGGCUCAAACGCCUCGUCCACGCCUGGACCUUCACAGCUGGAUAUGUGCUUGACCUUCACUCAUACCUUUUGGGGGACCAUGAAGAUGAUGAAAACCAACCAAAUAACCUUCCUGGACACUUUAACAACAACCGGAUCCCUGGCCUUAGAGAGGGUCUUCAUGCUGCCCACCAAGCCAUUCUGCAGCAGGGUGGACCUGUGGGUUUCCAGCCGUACCACCGGCCCCACAACUUCCACCUCAAGAUCAUUCUGCUGGUGGUCUUCAUGUGUGUGACUUUGUUACUAGCAAGUUUAAUCUGUCUCACCCUGCCAGUGUGUGUGGGUCGUUGGAUGAUGUCUCUCUGGAUGGGCAGUGUGAUGGUUCAUGAGCUGUACACAGCAGCCAGCGGUCUGUACGCCUGCUGGCUGUUCAUUCGAGCUGCCACAGUGCUGCUGUCCUGGAUGCCACAGGGGAGGACAGUCAUCAUGAUCAAAGUCCAUGAGUGGACACUUAUGAUCUUCAAGACCGUGGUGGUAACCUUGAUGUUAGCCGGAGUGAUUCCUCUGCUGUUAGGUCUGCUGUUUGAACUGGUCAUUGUUGCUCCUCUCAGAGUCCCACUCGACCAGACUCCUCUCUUCUACCCCUGGCAGGACUGGGCUUUGGGCGUCCUUCAUGCCAAAAUCAUUGCUGCCAUAACACUAAUGGGUCCUCAGUGGUGGCUCAAAACAGUCAUUGAACAGGUGUAUGCUAAUGGCAUCAGAAACAUUGACCUCCAUUUUAUCAUUCGGAGGCUGGCUGCCCCAGUCAUUUGUGUCCUGUUGCUGUCUCUCUGUGUGCCCUACACCAUCUCUAAAGGCGUUACACCUAUGCUGGGAGUGCAGGCAGAAAUGCAGACACUGGUGGAGAGGAGGAUCUACCCGUUCCUGCUGAUGGUGGUCGUACUGUUGGCCAUACUGUCCUUUCAGAUUCGACAGUUCAGACGCCUCUACGAGCACAUCAAAAAUGACAAAUACCUGGUUGGACAGCGGUUGGUAAACUAUGAACGGAAGACGAGCAGAAGCUCAUCUGCGUCUUACAGCAGCUCUUCGUAGAGCCCACGCUGCUGUUAGAUCAGUGGAGCUGA